AUGAGAGUGUGUGCUUGGAUAAAAAGGUUUAUCACAAAUGCCAGACAUGUGAACAGCCGAGUAGUUGGACCAUUAACGACUGAUGAGAUUGAACGACAGUAUAAAUUCUGGGAGAAAAGAGUGCAGCAAAGUUGUGAUUGUUUAGACGACAAAGGUCGACUUAAUCUUCAAGAGGAUCACGAAGGUAUCAUGGAAUGCAGAGGGCGGAUUCAUGGGCAUUAUCCCGUAUACCUAUCAGACAAACACCUAUUCACAACCAAGCUUGUGGAAGACGCCCAUCUUCAAACUCUCCACGGAGGAGUUGGGAUGACCAUGGCUCGAGUUCGGGAGCGGUAUUGGGUACCUCGACUAAGGCAAUUAACACGUAGAAUAAUCAAAGCGUGCUAUGGCUGUCGUCGUUUCCAAGCGAAAGCAGUGCAGCAACCACCGCCUGGAUUGUUACCUCAAGAUCGAACUGAAGGAAGUCGCCCGUUCGAAGCUGUUGGUGUUGAUUUCGCCGGACCACUUAAAUACAAAAGGAAGAAAAAGGAACAGGGAAAAGCUUAUGUCUUACUUUAUGCCUGCAGCCUAACGCGAGCUGUGUAUCUCGAGUUGAUGCCGAGUUUGGAUACCCAACGCUUUAUGGAAAGUUUCAAACAGUUCAUAGCUAGGAAGGGAAGACCGAACAAGGUAUACUCUGAUAAUGCGAAGACUUUUGUUGCAGCAGCAAAGUGGUUACGGAGGCUCAGAGGGAUGAACGGUUUAACGAGUUUCAGCAAGAAUCAGGUGAAAUGGCAGUUCAAUCUAAGUCGUGCCCCGUGGUGGGGCGGUCAAUUCGAGCGCCUAAUCGGAUUGGUCAAACGGGCUCUUCAUAAGACGAUCGGAAAUGGAUUGCUGAAUUGGGAAGAGUUAAAGGAUGUUCUUUGGAUGUUGAAGUGGCUUUGA